UUAAAGACUUUGCGGAUGAACAAUGAAGAGGGGACAGAAGCAAUAGAUUUUGUGAACCUCUGCCUGGAGUGGCGCAAGAAACUUUCCCCAGUUAUGGACAUCCUUGAAGAUGAAGCCAACAAUGGAGAACUGGCAGCUUUCAUUUCAUAUGCUUUGGCAUUCCCAUCUUGCUUCUGUGUCCUGGUGGACACCUAUGAUGUCCAAAGGAGUGGCUUGCUAAACUUCUGUUGUGUGGCUUUGGCCUUGAAUGACUUGGGAUAUCAGGCCAUUGGAGUGAGAAUUGACAGUGGAGACCUGGCAUACCUGUCAAUUGUCGCUAGGGACCUCUUCAUCAAAAUCGCAAAAGAGUACAAUGUUCCAUGGUUUGAGAAUCUGAUGAUAGUUGCUUCCAAUGACAUCAAUGAAGAAACAAUAUUGAGUCUCAAUGAGCAAGGACAUCGCAUUGAUUGCUAUGGCAUAGGAACGCAUCUAGUAACCUGUCAAAGACAGCCUGCAUUGGGAUGUGUGUUCAAACUGGUGGAAGUGAAUGGUACACCACGAAUCAAACUCAGUCAGGAUGUUGAGAAGAUCACAAUGCCUGGCAAGAAGAGUGUAUAUCGUCUCUACUCCAAGGAUGGUCAUGCUUUGAUUGAUCUUCUUAUGCGGCCCGAUGAGCCACCUCCACAGCCAGGAGAUCGUGUCUUAUGUCGACACCCAUAUCAUGAGUCAAAGCGUGCAUAUGUCAUUCCAGCCUCUGUCGUCCCACUCUACAAGUGCUUCUGGAAGGAUGGGAAGUUGCUGGAGAGGUUGAAAGACCUGAAAGAGGUGAGGGAAGGUGUACAGGCGUCCUUGAAUACCCUAAGGCAAGAUCACAAACGUAACCUCAAUCCCACGCCUUACAAGGUUGGAGUGUCAGAUCAGCUCUAUCACUUCCUGCAUGAUUUGUGGCUUGAGAAUGCACCAAUUGGAGAGUUGAGUUGAAUUGGAAGUCAUUGCAGGUUAGUGGAGAUCCAUAUUAUGGUUUCUGGGAGAACUGCUCCUAGAAAGGCUUGAUGAGAACUUUAUGAAUGACAUGGAAUGUUCCUCUUCAGCUGCAAUCUCUCCUUGCCUCUAGGGAGCCUCUCACCAGGAGGAUAUUUUAUUCAUCCAGUCCUGUUUGAAAGUUUUGUCAUGUGAUAUUCCUACUUAUUGCGAAGGUAGGAGAUAUGUUUUGGAAGGUGUCUAUGGGAGAAAGUUUUACUAGUCAGUCAUCCAGCACAUUCCAUGUGGAAAACAUUUGCAGUUUCUUACCUCUGCCAUUUUAGUAGUUACCACAGGAGGAUUAUUUCUUGAGAUUUAUUCUUUCUAAAAGAAUGGGUUAUCAUGCAAUGUAUUCCCAGUUUCAUCCUGUCACUAUAGCACCUGUCAACAAGCUGUAUAUCAUGUUUCUGUAUUGUUAAUUUAUAUGGUCUGUUUUCUUGUUGUCAUGAUAAUUUUGGUUUUACUUGCAGAUUUUCUGCUUGAUGUUUUACCUUACAUUGGAAUAUAUUUUACUUGAUUUGCUUCAGUAGUUCAGGGAUGAUUCCAGACAUGCCUCCCAGGAUUGUAGUUCAAAUAUUGCUCUAUUGUGCUGCAUCUGUUGAUAUUGGUAUUUCAGGAUUCACUUUUUGCUUCUAAUGCUGCACAGGUUAUGAUGCUACUACAAGUCUGUCAUUGGCAUUUAACAAUGAUCCUUUAGAGGGAGGUAGAGAUCAUGUGAUGUGAUAAAAUGGUCUUGAUCAAUAAGUCUCUAAAACUUUUCAUGUUCAUUAUUUCUCCCAGACCUGUUGGUAGAGUCUCAUUCCCAUAGAUUAGAAUGUCAUGACUAAGUUACUGCUUGCCAGUUUAGAUUCUUUUUGGCUAAACAGGUAGUUUUUGGUACCUGCCAUCUUGGUAUGUCAGGGUUGCAUUCCUGCAACAGAAUUGUUAUGAUCAGUGUCUAGCAUCAUUCAUGUUUUACCUGUUUGAAGCAUCCCUGUACUUCAGAUGCUUGCCUUGGCAUUCCCCAUUGGUAAGACUGUCGUAGUUUCCCUGUGCUAUGGAAGCUACCAAAUAUUGCCAUUUCAUUUCAGGCUGUAUGUUUUCAUUGCUAAUUUUCUGGGCAAUUAGUUUCUAUUUAUUGUUAAUUUGUUUUUUUCUCAGUGUGAAACUGUUUAGUCAUGGACCCUAGUUGUGAUACUUAGGCUUUAGUUCAAGAUGAGACUUGAAACUGCCUUGCCUUGACCUAUUUACACAAUUUGAGUGCAAUACCUAGUGCAAUACUUGGGAGAUCUGACCAAAUUGAUCAAUGAUAAUACAGUUGCUUGUCAG